GCUAUACUUCUAUCCUCCAUCUUCGUCCCCCUACCCGCUCCGCCUCCUCCCUCGGUUCAACCGUUCGCGUUGUCGCCAACUAGUCCCUCUCCGUUUUCUAGGGUCGGUUUACAAAUUGUCGAAGCUUCGCGAGAUCGAUCUAGGGUUUUCAGAUCGAAUCCAGAGUCUCUACGCUAGAAAUCGAUGGCUUCGCCGAGGAAGGAGGGUUUGGCGAAGGGCGAGAUGCCCGAGGCAUCGGAUCGACCUCUCAGGGACGACGCGAUCGACGAAUCGAGAGAGAACGAGGGUUCUGAGGCUUCUGGAGCUUUAGAGGCUCCCAGGAGGAGCGAAGGAGGCGACGGUGGGCUCGCCGAGCGCCCGGGGGAUGCUCUUCGUGGUGGAUCGGAUGAGGAUCUGGUGCUUGAGAGGACCGAUGGGGAGAUCGGUGCGCUGCAGUGGCUCCGAGCGCUGGAUCUGCAGUUUCUCGGCGCGUGCCGCGCCGACGAGAGGCUGAAGCCUCUGCUCAAGCUCAACGUCUCAAGCGGCGCCAAAGAGGAUCGGCUGAUAUCGCAGCUAAGCCAGCAUUUUGAAGUAUCGGAAAUUGGGAUGUUGGCGAGGUGCUUGUGCGUUCCUCUUGUUUCUAUUCGAGUUGGGAAAGUUAACAAGCAAGCGAACCUUUUGUGCCCAACCACAACCAGGGGGCAUUUAAAUCUCACUCUCCUGCCUUCCUCAAGCAUGCGCAUAUCAUUCGCCGGUGAUGAUGGUCACACUGAGCGACUCGCUUUGGUGAGCAACGAAUUUGAGGAUUUUGAGGUGAUAAUUGAAGGAAUAUCAGCUGAUAGCUCUGGUCGCUCUUUCCAACUCAAGGUCUCAGAAUCUCGAGUAUUGUACUAUUGGUGCUCAGAGAAGUCAAAGCACCAUGGAAUGGAAUUGCUUGAAAAGAUGAAAGAUCUACUCAAAAGGAGGCCCACUUUAUCCAAUCUCACUGGAAUUUCUGAUUCCCGCCUUGAUUCUUUUGCCACUCAUCUCCAGGCUUAUCUUCUCGGUUCAUCAAAUUCUGUAGAAAUCAAAUCAAUUGCUUCACCAUUUGACUUCCUAACUACCUCUACCACAGACGAGUUGUAUUCUCAUUCAUCCCCUCUUGUUCCCAAAUCCUCCCGUUUUCGUCCCGCAGCAGCUCAUGCAGCAAAAGUAAAUCCUGUCUACCAAGCCAGUCUCAGUCCAAGAUCAAACACUUUCAAGGAUGGUGCUCUGAGAAAUCCAUCUGGUGUAAGAAGUGGUACCAGAGAGAAACUGAAGCGGCGUGGAGAAGGCCACAUCAUCUCAUCAACUAUCGCCACCCCGCCAAUCUCUUCAUCAGUGUCCACUUCUACACACUCUUCUAUCUCCAACAGCCUCAAUGUAGAUAACAGUUUGUUCGUAGGCUUGCCUAAAAUAUCAUGUUUACCUGCUUCACUCUUGUCGUGCAACCCUCCCGCUGAAAGUCCGACCUCUACUGACGUUGCAGCCCAGAGCUCACUUUUCAGACCGUACUAUUGCUGGUGCCCUCCCUGCCCCUCUUCACUACAGUACAGAGUCACCCCUCUGCAUCAACCAUCCACGUCUUCUGAAUCUUUACCCCUGCCUCCUUUAUCUUCACUCUUAUCAGGUGCCCACCCUCCCGCUUCAGGGUUACCUUCAAAAUCGACGAAUGAGACAACUGAACUCCCACCUUUGAACUUUCAAUCGCUAUUGCAUGACCCAUUAGCACACCUAUCGCUCCCUGUAUCAUCACGUGUUUCCUUGCCCGGAUCACAAGUUCUGACUUUCACACCGUUCAUGUCUGAUCCCAUUGUGCAUAUCCCGGUCAUCGAUGUUUGCUCCUCUGGCCAGGCUUACCUUGUCAGUGCUGGGCCAGCUAUUUCUUCGGCUAUUCCGCCUCUCCAUCCAACUCGUGUGAAUCCUCUUAUUCCAGAGGCUGAAUCGUUGGCUGAGAAAAAUGCGAGGGAAACACUUAGGAGGCUCAUAGAUUCAUCGCCAGUCUUGGUCAGGCCGCAGUUGAUGAGUGUGGCCCCAGCAGCCUCGAAUGGUGUGGAUGGACAUCUCUUCUGCUCUGAGGGGGCAAAGAGAGAUAUUCAUAUCAGCAGCCAAAAUUAUGGCAGAAACUUCAAUUUUGACUCUAUUGCUAGUGGCAUAUCACUCAUGGGGUUAUAUUCCUCAAAGGAUGAGGUUGAUGGAGAUGACGGUGACGAGACAAUCGGCGAGGAGGGACAUGAAUGCAUGGGCACGCCGAAGAAUCCAUAAUACCAGAAGAGAGAGUGGCGACCGAGCAGGAUGAUUGACGACCGUUGUUAGGCCGCUCAUGCAAUGUGUGGUUUACUAGUUAAUAUAGCUGAAGGGAAAAAUGUCCUGUAAUUUUGUUUCAUCUUUUUUCUUCUUUUUUUUUUUCUCAUUUUGCAUCCUGCCAAAAAAUUGGCUUUCGUUAGGAAUUUGUAAGUAAUUUGCCUGUAAUCCAACUGAACUUUUUCGAGUGCUAUUGUAUUUGAUUGGUUUGUCCAUUUUGAAACUU